AUGGAAGACGAAAUCGCUGCUCUCGUUAUUGACAAUGGAUCCGGAAUGUGCAAAGCCGGUUUCGCUGGUGAUGACGCGCCUCGUGCCGUCUUUCCCUCAAUUGUGGGUCGUCCUCGUCAUCAAGGAGUGAUGGUUGGUAUGGGACAAAAAGACUCAUACGUAGGUGAUGAGGCUCAAUCGAAGAGAGGAAUCCUCACCCUCAAGUAUCCCAUUGAGCACGGUAUUGUGACCAACUGGGAUGACAUGGAGAAAAUCUGGCAUCACACUUUCUACAACGAGCUCCGCAUUGCCCCCGAAGAGCAUCCAGUUCUCCUCACCGAGGCUCCACUCAACCCAAAGAACAACCGUGAGAAGAUGACCCAGAUCAUGUUCGAGACUUUCAAUACCCCAGCGAUGUAUGUGAAUAUCCAAGCUGUUCUCUCCCUUUAUGCCUCUGGACGUACCACCGGUAUCGUCUUGGAUACUGGAGAUGGUGUCACGCACACCGUUCCGAUUUACGAGGGAUAUGCUCUUCCGCACGCCAUUCAGAGACUCGAUCUCGCCGGACGUGAUCUCACCGACUAUCUCAUGAAGAUCCUCACUGAGAGAGGAUACACUUUCACUACUACCGCUGAGCGAGAAAUCGUUCGUGACGUCAAGGAGAAACUCUGCUAUGUGGCUCUCGACUUUGAUCAAGAGUUGUCGGCUGCUUCCGCCUCGUCGUCUCUUGAGAAGAGCUAUGAGCUCCCUGACGGACAAGUGAUCACCAUUGGAAAUGAGCGAUUCAGGUGCCCUGAAGUGCUCUUCCAGCCAGCUUUCAUCGGAAUGGAGGGUAGCGGAAUCCACGAGACUACCUACUACUCGAUCAUGAAGUGUGACGUCGACAUCAGAAAGGACUUGUACGCUAACACCGUUCUUUCUGGUGGAACCUCGAUGUUCCCAGGAAUUGCCGACCGAAUGCAGAAGGAGAUUCAACAUCUUGCUCCAAGCACGAUGAAGAUCAAGAUCAUCGCGCCACCCGAGCGCAAAUACUCGGUGUGGAUCGGUGGAUCGAUUCUCGCCUCGCUUUCCACUUUCCAACAAAUGUGGAUCUCGAAGCAAGAGUACGACGAGUCAGGCCCGUCAAUCGUUCACCGAAAAUGCUUC